AUGGCAAUGAUGGACAAGUGGACAGGCCUGGGAUCGGCGCUGGCAAGCUUCUUCUUCCUCUGGUCCGUGGUGCAGAACCACAUCCCCGUCGCCUUCCGCUACCGCCUCAGCACAUGGGGAAACAAGCUCGUCUCUUUCUUCAGCCCCUACCUGGAGAUCACCAUCAACGAGUACGGCGCCGAGGGCUUCCACCGCAGCGACUUCUACCUUGCUGUCGAGGCCUACCUAUCCGACGCCUGCGCACGCCGCGCGCGCAAGCUCAGGGCCGAGCUCGGCAAGAACAGCAAGAACCUCCAGGUCUCCGUCGACGACAACGACGAGGUCACCGACGCCUUCGCCGGGGCCACCAUCUGGUGGUACGCCUGCAAGCAGUUCGCCGGGUCCCAAGUCAUCAGCUUCUACCCCGGCGAGGAAGUGCGCCGCUUCUACCGGGUCGUCUUCCACCGGCGCCACCGCGACCUCGUCGUCGACAGGUACCUGCCGUACGUCCUCGAGGAAGGCCGCGCCGUCACCGUCCGCAACCGCCAGCGCCGCCUCUUCACCAACAACCCCAGCGGCAGCUGGAACUCUUACCGUGGCAAGAACGUCUGGAGCCACGUCCCGUUCGAGCACCCGGCCACGUUCGACACGCUCGCCAUGGACCCCGACGACAAGGAGGAGAUCCUUGACGAGCUCCAGGCGUUCCGGGAGGCUAAGGACUACUACACCAAGGUCGGCAAGCCGUGGAAGCGAGGGUACCUGCUCUAUGGGCCCCAGGCACCGGCAAGUCCACCAUGA